AAAAAGGAAACCCUAGUUUGGAUAGAUGAGAAAGGAUUAUAUUAAAUAGACGCAGAUAGUUGUAGGCGUGUGUUUGCUCUCAUUCGCUCUUCUCCGCCACUUCUGAAUCUCUCCUCUGUUCAAUCCAAAUCAUGUCGGACGAAGAGCAUCAUUUCGAGUCCAAGGCCGAUGCCGGAGCCUCCAAAACCUAUCCCCAGCAAGCUGGUACCAUCCGCAAGAAUGGCUACAUCGUCAUCAAAGGUCGUCCCUGCAAGGUUGUGGAAGUUUCAACUUCCAAAACUGGAAAGCAUGGUCACGCUAAGUGUCACUUUGUUGGAAUUGAUAUUUUCACUGCCAAGAAACUCGAGGAUAUUGUGCCCUCUUCUCACAAUUGUGAUGUUCCUCAUGUGAAUCGUACUGACUACCAGCUCAUUGAUAUUUCUGAGGAUGGAUUUGUGAGUCUCCUUACUGAAAAUGGGAACACUAAGGACGACCUCAGGCUUCCCACCGAUGAGAGUCUGCUCACUCAGAUUAAGGAUGGAUUUGCUGAUGGCAAGGACCUUGUUGUUUCUGUCAUGUCUGCCAUGGGCGAGGAACAGAUUUGUGCCCUGAAGGAUAUUGGGCCAAAGAACUAGCUUUCGUUGCUGGCACUUUGUUGUUUCUAUUUAAGCAAAGAUAUUUUUGUAAGCCUUUAUAUUGGUUUCUUCAAGACCUGGCUUAUAGAUUCUAGUUGGACUAGUUUUAACGAUGGUGUUUAUGGAUGUGGUGACACAUUUUUCUGUUUUUCUCUGUUGUCCUGUGACUUUAUUAUAAAGGAGGAGUCUAUUUUGGGAAGGUUUUUUUUGGUACAAUAUGAUGUUAUGUUCGUUGUAUGCAAUCAUGAAAACUUGCAUGCUAAUAGCAAA